AUGAUCCCCAUACCUUCCUUCGCCCGUUCAAAGGGCAGCGCCUUGGUCGCGCUAUCUUGGACCCUCGCUCUAUUAUCGCCCUCACUAGUAGCCGCCAAAUCAGCCGCCGAUUACUAUGUUCGCGAUCUUCCGGGCGCGCCGACGGAUGGGCCGCUCUUGAAGAUGCACGCUGGCCACAUCGAAGUCGACCCAAAAUCAAACGGCAACCUAUUCUUCUGGCACUACCAAAACCGCCACAUCGCAAACCGACAGCGAACGGUGAUAUGGUUGAACGGUGGUCCGGGGUGUAGUUCCAUGGACGGUGCAUUGAUGGAAGUUGGCCCCUACCGUGUGACGGAAAAUCAGACAUUGGAAUAUAAUAAGGGUUCUUGGGAUGAAUUCGCCAAUUUGCUCUUUGUUGAUCAGCCUGUUGGAACGGGAUUCAGUUAUGCGGAGACGAAUAGCUACCUGAAGGAUUUGGAUCCAUUGUCGGCUCAUUUUAUGGUUUUUUUGGAAAAGUUCUUUGGCUUGUUUCCGGAGUAUGAGAAUGAUGAUAUUUAUCUCGCUGGCGAGUCUUGGGCCGGUCAAUCUAUCCCAUACAUCGCCAAAGCAAUCCAAGAACGAAACAAAGCCGCAAAGCUAGAGGGUAAAUCGAAAUGGCCGCUCAAAGGCCUACUUAUUGGCAACGGCUGGAUCUCGCCCAAGGACCAAUACCCGUCAUACUUCGACUUCCUCGAACGAGAAGCCCUCAUCGAGCAGGGAACUGAUAAUUACAAGAAACUCGACGCACUGAACAAGUACUGCAAGACGAAAUUGGGAGAAUCCGAAUACAAAGACUCUCUCAAUGUGGAACCUUGCGAACUCGUCCUGAGGAGUUUCCUGGAUCUGACCAAGGAAGCAGGCGAAUGCUUCAACAUGUACGACGCAUCUGGCUGGGACGAGUGCAACGGUGACGUCGGGAGUGCGAUGUCAACACUGAAUUCCAAGCCUGCCAUCUCACUUCUCCCCGAUCUAAUCGAGUCCGGCAUCAACAUCCUUCUUUUCAGCGGCGACAAGGAUCUCAUCUGUAACCACAUCGGAACAGAGACAAUGAUCCACAACAUGAAGUGGAAGGGAGCCUCCGGUUUCGAAACAGCACCCGGAGUCUGGGCCCCACGCCAUGACUGGACCUUCGAAGGCGAACCAGCCGGCUACUACCAGCACGCCCGAAACCUAACCUACGUCCUCUUCUACAAUUCCAGUCACAUGGUCCCCUACGACCAACCCCGACAAACCCGCGACAUGCUAGACCGCUUCAUGAAAGUUGACAUCGCCAGCAUAGGCGGCAAACCAGCCGACUCACGCAUCGACGGGGAAAAAUUACCCCAAACUUCCGUCGGCGGUCAAACAAACAGUACAGCGGCAGAACAGCAGGAAGAGAAGAAACUCAAAGAAACCGAAAUGCACGCAUACACCAAGUCCGGCGAGGCAAUUCUAGUCGUCGUCAUUAUCGGAGUCCUCAUUUGGGGCUUUUUCAUCUGGCGCAGUCGUCGCUCGCCCAAGGGGUACUAUGGCGUUCACAAUACCAGUACUUCUGAGAUCAUGCCGCGGUCUGUUCUGGAUCGAUUCGGUAAUAAGCGCUCAACUAAUGAUGUCGAGGCUGGCGAUUUUGAUGAAUCUGAAUUGGAUGAUCUUCAAUCUCCUGGUAUUGACCGUGAGCAUUAUGCUGUUGGUGAUGUUAGUGAUGAGGAAGUGGAAGCGGGGGAGAGUUAUGACCUCCAUGAUACUACUCGUGCUGAGGGAAAACGUGGUAGUCAACAAUGA